GUAAAGAGCUGAUUAUGAUGAUUGGUACCGGUGAUGAUGAUAAUAGGUAUUCACGUUAAAUACAAAUUUUCAUUUUCAUCUCAGACAAAUCAUAAGUGAUAACCUCAACAAAUUAUUAACUUAGUGCCUUAUUAAUAUACAUUAUUAAGUGUUUAGUUAAUUAUUAUUCAACACCAUGAACGGAAUCGGUAAUCAAUCUAAUGAAACAUUUUUGUUUACAUCGGAGUCCGUUGGUGAAGGGCAUCCAGAUAAAAUGUGCGACCAAAUCAGUGACGCUGUUUUAGAUGCUCACAUCGCUCAAGAUCCAGAGGCCAAAGUAGCAUGUGAAACUAUUACUAAAACAGGAAUGGUUCUGUUAUUUGGUGAAAUCACCUCAAAAGCAUCAAUAGAUUACCAGAAAGUGGUGAGAAAUGCCAUUGACAAAAUUGGUUACGAUCAUAGUGAUAAAGGAUUCGAUUAUAAAACAUGCAAUGUAUUGAUUGCCAUUGAAGAGCAAGCACCAGAAAUAGCCUUGGGAGUUCAUGUUAAUCGAAAUAUUGAUGAAAUUGGAGCUGGUGAUCAAGGUUUGAUGUUUGGUUAUGCUACUGAUGAAACUGAGGAAUGUAUGCCUUUAACAGCUGUAUUAUCACACAAAUUGAUGGAGAAAUAUUCUGAGUUGCGACAAAAUGGUACCCUUCCAUGGGCUCGACCUGAUGCCAAAUCUCAAGUUACUUGUGAAUACUAUCUCGAUGGCGGAGCUGCAAUUCCAAUUAGAGUUCACACCAUCGUUGUAUCAGUCCAACAUGCAAAAGAAAUAACUUUGGACAAGCUCAGAUCGGAAAUCACGGAAAAAGUGAUCAAACAAGUAAUUCCAAGUAAAUACUUGGAUGAUAAAACAGUAAUUCAUGUAAAUCCAUGUGGUGCUUUUGUUAAUGGUGGUCCAUUGGCUGAUGCUGGAUUAACAGGACGUAAAAUCAUCGUCGAUACUUAUGGCGGCUGGGGUGCUCAUGGAGGUGGAGCAUUUUCCGGAAAAGAUCCAACUAAAGUUGAUCGAUCAGGUGCAUACGCUGCUCGUUGGGUUGCCAAAUCUCUGGUCAAAAAUGGUAUCUGUAGACGUUGUAAUGUUCAGAUUUCAUACGCCAUUGGAAUAGCUGAACCAAUAUCCAUUUCUGUCUUUACAUACGGAACUGCAAGCAAAUCUUCAAGCGAAAUAUUGAGCAUCAUCAACAAAAAUUUUGACCUCCGUCCAGGACGAAUAAUUAAGGAAUUGGGUUUAAGGCAACCUUUGUACCAAGCAACCAGUGUUUUUGGACACUUCGGAAGACCUGAUUUUCCAUGGGAAGUCCCAAAGCAGUUGAUUAUUUGAUGUUGAAACUGACAUUAAUCCAAUAGGAUUUACAAAAAUGGUAAUAAUCAUCACAGUUAGUAACUUAAUGCCGUAAAAAAAUCUCUUUUUGAACCAUAAGGCAUGAACAUAUCAAAUCAACAAAAAGAAAUCACGACAAUUAACUUUAUGGCAACAAUAAACAUGAAAUUUUACAAUCACCAAA